GUGAAGCCCGUCGGACACCGGACAGGGUUUGGUUUGUUUCAGCUGCUGCAAAGUUUCUGUUGCUUCUUUGUUUACGACUUUAAACUGAACGUAAAGGAAAAGACACGCGUCCGAACUGUUUUAGCGAAGCGACGACGAGACUGUGACGUUUGAAUGAGUUUGAUUGACAGGUGAAGAUGAACGCUGCUGCGAGACGCCGGCUGACCAUCAGAAGGACUCAGCACAGCAGUAUGAAGGAGUCGGUAUCGGAUGAAUCUGCUCAAGUCGCCUCCAAAGAAGAAAUUGCUCAGUUCAGAAACAGUCUGAAACAGAACAUCUGUGUGCAGAUGCUCCAAGAAGGUCACCACAGGUCGUUCUCUGAGCUCUUUUCUCUGCUGCGGUCGGACCAGCAUCGCCGGGCGGCUGAACCGGACUCUGCCCUCCAGCUUCAGGCUCCGCUGGAGGAACAGCGAGAGAAGCUGGAGACUGUGAGGCUUCACCUGAGCCGGGCUGAGCAGGCGGAAAGGACUGGUUCCUGGUCCGUGGUGUGUGAGCAGCGUCUGUUCUUGGGUCGAUAUUUCUCGGCUCCUGAGGAUCUGUGGCUGAGUUUGCACUUCUAUCGCAGCUGUGCAGAAAGAGGGCGCUCAAGACCAGCCACUGAGGCCCGGGCCUGCAUGGCUGAGCUCUACUUGCAGCAAGGAGAGCUGGAGGAGGCGAAGCAGCAGGCGGAGCUGUGCCUCAGACAGGCUGAUGACGGUGGAUGGCUGGACUUGAGCGGUCGGCCCCUGAGGCUCCGGGCCUAUCAGGCGCUGUGGAAGAUCUACGACAAGUUAGCUGCUGCUCCGCUGAUCGCUGCAGACUACAGUGAAGCCCUGGAGCUGCUCCACAGGGGCUACAUCAUGGCCACUGAGUGUAGGUCUGAAGACAAACAGCUUGAGGGGGAGGCGGCCUAUCGACUGGGACUGACCUAUCAGCUCACAGGAGACCACAACACAGCUAAAAAGUUCUUCAACACCUGCAUGCAGAUUUGUGGCACAAUGCAGGACGCUGACGGUCUGGGAAAAGCCUACAAGGCUAUCGCCAAGUCUAUGGAGAGUGAGGGUAACACAGACGAGACAGUCCGAUAUCUGGAGAAGUUGGUUGACAUCACUCGAAGCUCUGGACGGCAGGACAACCUGGCAGACGCCUGUCUGUGUCUGGGCAACAUCUACUACAGCACGCGUCAGUAUAGCAGAGCCUGUGAGUUCUUCCUCCAGGGUUUUGAAAAUGCCUGUGACAUCAGAGACCUGCAGAAAGCACAGGUUUUGUUGGGCUGCGCUCGUGCUCAGUCCAGGAAGUACAGUGCUGACGUGGAGUCGGCCUCGCCCGCAGCCCAGUGACGGCUCCUGGCCUGGAAAGAGAUGAAAGAAAGUCAAGAGCUCGAUAACGAUUCUUUAUUCCUUUAACAGCGUAAGAAAUGAAGAGGAACAUUUUACUUUACCGAAAUCUCAUUCACACCAACAAUCGGAGCUGAUCUCGGCCAAUCUGUCGAGACUAAAGCAAGAUGCUGGGAGAAAACAAACUCACAGACGAAUUAUGUUAAGUCACAUUUCAGUUCAAGUACACUUUCUCCCUGGUUUCCUCCACCAGGAAAAUCUCAACAUCCUCUGGAUGUUUGUUCCCCAGACGAUGAAUCCUUCAGACUAUUACUCCCACAAAAGAAAAAUAGUAAUGUUGAUUUUAUAUAUCUAUCAGUUGGCAUUUUUGUAAGACAAUGAAUGUAAUUGUUUUUAUUUCACAUUUUUAAUUGACAAAGUUCUACAGUCCUGGGUUUUAUUCAACAUUAUCAUCAUUGUUUUUAACUAUUAACCACCGUAUUCAACUUUUUGUUUUUUUAUUAUUUCUGUGAUAGUGCCAAUGUUAAAAAAUAAUUGUAUUCGCUGUUCCAAUUUAUUUUUUAUUUGGUUUAUUUUCUCACAACAGUAAUAGGCAGAUGAUAGAACAAGCAUGCACAUAUUUGCAAAUACCUUUCUCUCUUUGUAAUUUCUAUGAUUGUUUUGGGUUUUAAAAAUGUCAAACUAGCUAAUUUAAUAUAAUAAUACAUUUAAUCUGUGAAGCACUUGUCAACACACUCAAAGACACUUUUUUAAAAGAAAGAUUCACUUAAGAUAAAAAUA